AUGCACACGGGUUAUUUAGAUUGGAAAAUGCCGAAAAACACAUCACUAGAAAGAAAGAGUCUGUAUGAUCAAUAUGUCAAACCAUGCGACAGAUUGAACAAUAAACAAAUGAGACACUUAAAAAGAGAAGAAAAAGAGAGAAACAAACGAAUUGCACAUCUUCAAGCAGAAAUUGUUGAGUUAGAGAGUAUUAUUAACGAGCCACCGCUAGAAGUCAAUAUGAGCAGUAUUCAACGACAAUUGGCGGAGUUUUUUUUUACUUUGAUAAGAUAA